GUGAUAUCUUGAAGUCAAAACGAAAGCGUACUGUUCAUGAUUUUGAGAAGUUAAAAAUGUAAAGAUAGAUAAUUAAUGGUCUGGAGAAGGACUUGAACGUGACCACGAAAUUCUAAUCAGAGAAAUCCUUGAAUAUAUCGAUUAAAAGAUCUCCAUUUAAUUAAUAAAUAAACAUGUAAUCAUAUGGGUGAAAGCUUAAGCGAGCGUAUAGAGAAUUUACGUAAACAAAGCAGGCAUUUAUUAUCUCAAGUAGAUAAGAGUUCUAAAAAAGUUAAAGACGAAAUUAAGAAAUUAUAUUCUGAAAAUUUGUCAUUCAGAGAUAAUUUUAAAAAUCAAGAUGCAUCAAGUGUGUCUUAUAAGAAAGACAGCAGAUCAUGGAAAUUGAGAAAUGAUUCUAGUGGAGUUGGCGAGGUCUUGCGAUCAGAUUAUUUCUGUAAUAGCCCUAAACAGACACCUGCAUCAAUGCCUAAUACAUCAACAGCAAAGAGGAUAUUAAUAUCUUCAAAAAAACACUCUGAAAAUCAGCAUUGCUUGGGAAACAUUCACAGAAAACCUGUCAAAGAGUGUUACUGUAAUCCUGAAAUUAAAAAAGCACAGCUAAGACCCACAAAGACGCAGUAUAAGCCAUGUUCUCCCAGUAAACGAUGCAAGAGUCAUACCUUCUCUCCUGCUAUAACGAUAGAAGAUACUUGUGAAAAGUCAGCAUUAUCAUCACCUAUUAGUUGUGAAACGUUGAGGAGAGUCCAGAAAAUAGAUUAUGCACCUAGAUCUCAAUUCUUACGCAAUGUCAGAAGCAGAAUUUCUCUCUUGCAAGCAGGAGGAGGAGACUGUCCAGAGACAUGUUACAGAUCACCACGUUAUCAUGAUCUCAUGGCCAAGAAGGAUAUAUAUAAAGCUGAUUCCAUACAUCAGUUGAAAGCUCAUGAUAAGAAAUCAGAAACUAGCUAUCACUUAGCAAAAUCUGUCCCUACAAAAUCAGAAACCAGUGAAGAAUAUUCAGGUUCUGAAGCUGAAGAUAUAGAGAAAUGUAGCAGAGGAGUUCAAGUAUCUUUGAAGAAACACUUGAAACCAAAAGUAGUAGUAAAAAGAACUCUUACCUCUAAAACAUCUGUACCUGAUAUAAAAAAGUCUAAAUCUAGUUCAAAAGUAGCAACUAAGAGUAAAAAGAUAAUACCUGACACAGCAUGCCAGUGUUGUCAGAAGGAUAAGUUAGAACAUUCCAAAUCUAUACUAGAAAGGGAUACUUACAUUGAUUCAGAAAAGUAUCGAGACACAGUCUGUACAAACAAACUACCAGAUGAAACUAGUAGGAAAUACCUCUCUGAUAGAGAAAUGAGAGAAUUGGAGAUAUUUCGUGAACAAAACUAUUUUGACACCCAUGGAUCCAGCCAUACUUUAGCGUCAUCUAAAUCUUCUGGUUCUUUAGAGCAGUGUCUACUAAAUGACAGACUGUUCCCUGAACCAGCAAGAAGGAUACACAAGAAGGACUUAGUCGUAACAACGCCAGCUUGUGCCACGAUACAACGAAAACGAAUCCACUAUUUCCCUAGGUACAUCGUUCGUCAAGAAAAGGGUAAUUGUAACGCAAAUAACAAGAAGAAGCGAUGUCAGACCUGUCCUCUAACCGGCCAUGCCAUAGAUCUUGGCAUCACGAAAAUAAGACCUCCCUUGAACAGUUUAGCCCUUAAGUACCAAAAACGACUGCCUUAACUAAAACUAAUUCUAUUUUUAUUAAUAUUUUAAUUAAAUAAAGCUAUAUCUUUAAGAGGAAACAAAGUAAAUGAAAGUUCUGAUAAUUAACUCUGGUUUAGUUAUUUGCAUUUUUUAGUAUUACCACAAGGAUUUCUAAAGAAUUAGUUUCAUUUACUUUGCUCUAUUUUUUCAACUACUAUAAAUUUUCGAAUGUAAAAUAAUAAAAUUCUGUCAUAUACUUUCAUCGGAAACUAGUACAACGGUAUGAUCACGUUAAUGUCCUCGGAAAAGCGCAUUUUUCAGAAGCCAUGGUUUUCAAUAUGAUUCAGUGUUUAGUAAUGCGAUCGUAGCUGAAUGAAACAUUAGCCUCAGAAGUACAAUACAGAAUGUAGUACAUUCAUGAUUAACUACGUGAUCUCGCACAAGAACAUAAGAUCUCAUAAAUCAAAUCUCUUCUGCGACCAUGAUGAGUCGGCUGUCUUUGACGAAUUCAAGUUUGCCAGAUGCAAAUUUCUACUGAAUAAAAGAUGCGUAACCAUGAAGCAUUUAUUAAUGCGAUUAACUAAGAUCAUUUGACAAAUUUUUCAAUGAACAAACGAUGGAAUUAUAGAACAUUUAUCGUCAGACUUUUAUUCUACAACUCUACAGCACAUAUACAAUUCUAAUAAUAUUUAUUUGUAAUAUUAUUUUACUGUGGCCUACAUGCUUUAAAACAGACCAAUAAAAUUUUAUUUAUUUAAUAAUCUACAUAAGAUACGUAUUAUUUAUUAUUGGAUUGAGAAUGUUUAUGUAAAUUCAUAUUUUUAUAAAUAAAAAUAGAACCUCAGGAAUUUAAAGGAAGAAGAUCAGACAGAAUUAUUCUGUAAAUUAUGAACAUGCGAUUACAACGAUUGACGAAUUUAACCGAUGCGUACACCUUUCGCGUCUUUCAUUCUGUUUCCAAGAUGCUGUCUCCAUGAUAAGUAUAUCCCGUACAAAUUGACGAAAGUUUUACAAGCUUUUAAUUUGAUGAAUUAGUCAUAGAAACUUAAAAGAUAUAGUUCCUUACGAUUCAUAAAUUCUCGUGGAAGUUAGAACAUGGAAAAAGAAUGUAAAUAAGGGAAAUUUAAUGAAUUGGAAGUUACAAGGUUCCAUUUGAAAGGUGAACAGCUUCGAUAUUUAUGGGUUGUAAAAUUCCAAAGAAUGGUUCAAUUAAUGAGAAUUAUAGCUGUUUACAAGGUUACUCGAUCGAACAAAAAAUCGAAGUUUUUUUAACCCGACGAACAAUUUUCUCCUUUGAUUACUGUAUAAUUAAGUAACAUGCAACUGCAAGCGAUUACAAAAUCUAUGUGGCAUUUUAAUUACUCACAAGCGGAGUCAUUUAGAUUCUAGAAGCUUCAAUAUAUUUUUGUCACAGUAUGCGCGCAGCCCAUAAAAUCGAGAAAAUCUUCUAAACAAUUCUUUCUUUAAUUGUUUAGGUAUCUUAAUUUGAAACUAUGUAAAAAUUGAACGAAAUAAAAUAUUUUCUCGGAAUGCAUGUAUAAUAAAACACAAUGACACAGUGAGUAAUAAUGAUAGAAGAUCUGAAUGAUGACGGAAGUAAUUAAAUAUUCAUUCGAAGAACAUUGAACCUGACGAGCAUUGCUAGACUCAUUAAAUAUCGAUUUCAGCGAAAGAUUAACGCCAUCGAGGGAAAAUAUCUCUUACACAUGAAACUGGUUUCUUGAUUUCUCAAUGGACAAAGAAGUUGAGAAAUAAUCGCGUGCUUAUCCCAAGAAGAAAAGAGACUAUUCUUCGGGCUGUGUUUACGAAACGAAGUUCAAUAAUUAGUAAUUUCGUGCAUCUGUACGUAAUACACAAUUAGUCUAUUUUUAUCGUGAAAAUUUCGUUUCUAAAUGAAGGUUCAAAUUUUAGGAACUGGCGAACGAAGAUGGGAUGCGUUAUCGUAUAUCAAACGAUUAAUUUCACAGUUCAUUAUCUACUAUUAAAAGUUUCGAGCUUUAACGAUAUUUAAAAAUCUGUGAAUCGAUGAUAUCGGGAAGUUGGAAAUUUCAAAUCUUGAAUUUUACAAUCCAUUUGAAGUUUAUAUCGAAAAUUAUCUAACUUGCAAUUACAUAACAAAUUUUCAACUUUAAAGCCUUAGGAAUACGAAUUUUUGGUGCCACGGUUUCCUAAAUACAAAUUGAUUCGUGUGAUAAUUACACACAAUUAGACAGAGAUCACAAGCAGAAGAAGAAGAAGAACACGUAGCCAAUAAUUAAUUAAUUUAAUACAUGAAGAACGCCUGAAGGAGGAUGAAAAAAGUUCGUCAUUUUAUAUUAAUAGUAAUUCCUCUUGAUUGACCACAUCAUGAAUAUUUUAACGAUCAUUUUGUUUCGUUAAAAACAGCAGUAAAAUACAAAAAGAGAAGUGAUUCGAGAUUCAUUGCCUUUAUGGGUAUUCAUUAUUGAAGAUAUUUUGUGUCUGAAAAAAAUCCAAAUGUCUUUUAUAUCUCGUAUAAAUGUUUCAUAAUGUAAAAAGCCCCCUCGAAGGUAAAAAAAAGUCGUAAAGAAAUUUUUAAUUUUAUCUAUCUUCUGUCCAAAUGAUACCACGUAAAUAUUUCUAACUUUUUUAAAUCAGAAAUUACUUCUACAUCAUUUAAAGUCGUCCUUCUGUUCUUUUUAAAAUUACAAAUAAUUUUUUAAUCGUUUAAUACUAUCCUCCCAUUCAUAACAAAUUAAUAUUUUCGCGAUUAUUUAUAUGCCAAUUAUCAUAGUUCUUGUUGUUGUUUUCAUUAAUGAAAACAUACAAGCUAAUUAGCUAAUUAAAAGCUAAUUAAAGAAAACUUAGGAUUUUAUUCAUAGGUAAACAUUUUUAAAUGAAGAUUCAGGGUCACAGAGUCAUACACAUUGACUUAAUGAUGAAGAAAGAGGGCUAUGAGAGAAGUAAAAUAAAUUGAUCAUUGAUAGCAAUAAAGAUUCUAUCAAGUGGAAAUAUUAAAUUAAAAAUAUUCUUCUUUCAAAAGUUUCCUAGUUAUUUCUCUCUUUUUAACGUAGAAACGGUACACAUUAGGGAAAUAAUGAAUACACAUAUAUUAAACCAGAUAUCAUAUAUCAUGGUAUGUUUCUAUCUCUAUUGCGCCUCCUUUUUGUCUCAUGAAUAUCUAAGAAACAAUCAUUAAAAAAAUAGCGAAUAUAUACAGUGAUAAGUCAAAUAUUCGUCUUGUUUUCAGAACUUAUUUAUUCUUUGCUCGUUUCCUUUUUUUUUUCUUUUUUCUUUUGAAUUCACAAAGAGUAUGUAUUAUAAAAGUAACGAAGACAUUAUUAUUGCAUAACAACUGGACUCGAGUAAAUCACAAUUGUGUUUCUAAAUUGCAGAUUUCUUUUCAGUAAAUUGGUUACGAUUACGCAUACCAAUUACCUAUAGUCUUUCUCAUUUUUCAUCGACUUUUUCUUGCUUUAACCGCUUUAUUCUAAAGCAGUUGAUUUUUCAUAUUCAUGUAAAUAGCUACAAGUUUCAUGUUAUUUAAUGAUUCGAGACGAAUGUAAAUUCAUUAUUAACAUUAGUUAUUAUGAUACUAUGUGUUGACAAUCGACGACACAAAACAAAAUGUUAAUUAGAAAAGAUUGCGACAUAGUUCAUAGUUUUAACAUACGUAAGUACAUCACGUCAUUCACGUUUAUAUCGUAUAAUUUAUUUAUUUGCAUUAUUGCAUUAUUAUUAUAUUAUAUUAAUUAUUAUAUUAUUAUUCCCUUCUGUUAUUACGCAAGACACAUCCGUCGAAUUUUCUGUACCUGACUUAACAAAAAGACUAAAAAUGCGCUUUCUCGGAAAAUUAUUUACACUUUUGUUACAAUACAAUCAUUAUUGAUGUGUUUCUGGAAGAAAUGACAACAAUUAAAAUUUUUGAUAGAACUAUAGUUUUAGAUCUUCGACAUUUUUAACUCGCAGAGACUGUGGGAUAAAAUUACGUUAGAAAUUACGAAAACAAAAUGGUAAUUUAACGUUUCUGUUUAAGCGUCAUAAAAUAGUCUGAUUUAAUCAGGAUUCGUAAAGAAGAAAGAGAAGAAAACAAUCGUAAAAACUUAUGAAUGCAUUCGUCUGUCUUGACGAAUUAUAAAUUCCAUAAAAAUCUGCGAUAGCCAAUUAUGCGCAGUCGUUUAGUCCUUUGUCGGCUCUGUCGUUAUUUGAACAAGCAAUCGAACAUGCUAAGAAUCGUUCAAAAUUUAUAAUUUACAGCGUUACUAAUUGAUGACAGCUGAUGUCAGUAACGUACUUUACCUUAUACUUUUUUUUUAAAUGGAUGAACGUCAAAGCCUUCAAAAUAUUAUUAGGUGCUAUGGUUACAGGAAAAUGACUUAUUCAUCGACAUAAACAGACAUUAAAUUGGCCAUGACAAUAUCUAGCAGGCGAAGCAAGUCCUUACUCAGAUUCUGUUUCUUUCGUGUUUCAAUAUUUUUAAAUAUUUCUGUCGAAUUAGAAAAUCACUGGAUGAAAUUCUAGGUAUCUUCCGAUUAAAUAGAUCAUAGUCUUAUAGUCGGAUAAGUCAGUAAUAUCAGUCAAUAGUAACAAGCAGUUAAAGUAGUUUAAUGAUUACUGAUUAAAUGUAUUAAAUAUUUCACAUAGUUUGUAUGCAACGAAAAUAAAAACUUGCUCUCGAGCGAAAAUUGUGCCGGUUUCGAGAUCAGUGAACCUCGAAGCAGAGAACCUCGAAGCAGUGAACCUCGACGACCGUGAACGCGUAACCUUAGUCGUCUUUGAGGAAAUCAUGUGCAUUUUUAAUCGAUCGUUCACAUCUUAUCAAGGACGUAUUUUACGAACGCGUUCAUUUCGUUGAAAGUUCGAAUGAUCUAGGGAACGUUAUCGAUUUAGGUCUUGGUUGACUAUAUCCAGCCAAUGUCACGUGAAUAUUAACAAAAUCGACAAUUCCAUCGCAAAAAGAGGAGAUCAAUAAUGGAAAAGUGUAAAGAAUAAGUAGCGGGGGAAUGAUUUUAUCGUUGGAUUAAAGAAUUAUCUUCUUAGGAGAAGAGUAAAGUACAGUUAAGUAGUGAAUAAAUAAUCUAUGAUUUAAUUUCGAUUUAUAUGAACUUUCGAACAAGAAAUUAGAAUUGCCUAAGAAAAAAAGAUAUUAAAAAUCAAUUAAUAUCUACCCAUCUCUUGAACUUCGAACAGAGAUCCCCUUUACUAUUUUUAGAAGGAAGUAUUUUGGUACCUCAUUAUCGAUUUUCACAUAUACUUGAAUCUUUCAGAAUGUUAAAAGAUUUACAAUAUUUAAUAAAUACAUUUCUGACUAUGUUUGUCGCCAAAUAUUGCUCUUUUUCAGAUCAACAUAAUUGCAUACGGUUGUUUUCUUCUGAUUCGAUGGCAGGCGUACGGGAUGACUGUUAAUGGCGAUGCGAGCUUUCCAGAAUCCCUUUGUUGUUCCCUUUGUUGCCUCUAAAUGGCCGCUGUUCACUUCGAGCAAUUCUGUGCCAGCCAUCUGUGAGACUUUUUUCUCGAGUUUCCUAUCCGAGAUGCAGAUGAAAGGAAAAUUUUAACGUCCACCGAGUGCGUCGACGCUCCAUAUAAGACUUUUAUCGCGCUGGAGAACUGAGAUCAGAAAUAUUGUAAAAGUUUUUAUAAAUCAUGUCUGCGAUUUUCUGAUGUUUUAUUACCUUAAAAAAGUUUGCCGAUGAUAAUGAUAAAGAUGGUUAUCGAUUAGUAGUAAGAUAGCAUUCUAGUAAAUAAACAACUUUUUACGAUUGCUUAAACUCAAAGAGAGAUAAACUUGUUUCUAAGUAGAUGUAAUAUAUUCUGCAUAUAAAAUCUAUGCAAAAUGAUGUGGCUCAUUGAGAUUGCAAAUAAAUAUGAGUUUAUGAUGUUAUCAAUAUAUCACGCAGAUGAUAAUUAACACAGAAUUAUUAGCUUCCUAUCAAAUAUCUGUAUCCUACCAAAGGUUCCUGUGAAAUUCUAAUAAGUUCCAUUCUGAGUAAUUCAAAUUGAAUGUAUCAUUAGUUGUAAAUAUGUACUUAAACAUGAUACAUAUUCAAUUACCUAUAAUCAAUAAAUUCAAGAGAGCAUCGUAAAGUAAUUGAACUAUAAAAGCUGUCAAGAGAAUUUCUAGAGGAGUAGGUUGUUCCCCUCAUCGCAAAGAAGGAACGAGAAAUAUAGAUAAGGGACAAAUCUGCAUAUGCAAAAUACUUCUACUUUUAAGGUAAACGCUUUCAACGAGCGGAUAAAACAGCAACUGCACUCACAACCGACAUUCCAUCUCUACAAGUCAUCUACACCUAUGUAAACGACAUCUCUAUGUAAACGCCAAAACAGUUGAGGGAAGAAAGACAAAAUUAAAAACAAAUAUAAUAGAGAGAAAAUGUAGAAAAAAACAAAGAAUCACGAUUUAUAUUAUAAAUCUGAGAAAACAAGAGGAGACAAAGAAAGAAGGGAAGCUCAGAAGAAAAAGGACAAGAAAGUUAGUAAAAUCAGAGUUGUUUUUGGAAAACGAACAACGUGUAUUGUCACGUAUAAACAAAAAAGAAUCUCAGCUAAAUUAUUAAAACACCUAUUUACAGAUUGUUAAUAGAAAGGUAGAAAAGCAGAGAAAGAAGUAAGAACAAGAAGGAAAGUGAGAAGAUCUAAUAAUGGAAUUGAAGAUUAAGAUUCUGUACCUUAAAUCUAAAUGACAAAGAGAAGGAAAAAAGAAAAGAAGUUCCAGUCCACAUUGAUCACUGACAACUGUUCCAGUUACUGAAUAAAAAUAAUUCACGAUAAAAAGAUAACACGUAGAUAAAUACGGUAGAACUCCAUUUAU